CCACAGACGUCAGGGAAGAAGAUGCAACCAGCAGACAGAAAAUGGCAGCCACCCAAACGUUAAGGGGGACCCUCGCAGGCAUUGUCCCCCCUGUCCCCAAUCCUUCCCCAUGAUGGCCUGUAACAGCACUUCCCUGGAGACUUAUGAAUACUUGGUGGCGAACGUGAGCAACGCGUCCCACGCGGGGCAGCCCACACUGCCUGCCCCACUCAGGAUCUCGUUGGCAAUAAUGAUGCUGCUGAUGAUCGUGGUGGGCUUCCUGGGCAACACCGUGGUCUGCAUCAUCGUGUACCAGAGGCCGGCCAUGCGCUCCGCCAUCAACCUGCUGCUGGCCACCCUGGCCUUCUCGGACAUCAUGCUGUCCCUGUGCUGCAUGCCCUUCGCCGCCAUCACCCUCAUCACCGUGCAGUGGCGCUUCGGGGACUCCUUCUGCCGCCUCUCGGCCGCCCUCUACUGGUUUUUUGUCCUGGAGGGCGUGGCCAUCCUGCUGAUCAUCAGCGUGGACCGCUUUCUCAUCAUCGUGCAGCGCCAGGACAAGCUCAACCCACGCAGGGCCAAGGUCAUCAUCGCCGUGUCCUGGGCGCUGUCGUUCUGCAUCUCGCUGCCCUCGGUCGCCGGCCGGACGUUGGUGGAGGUGCCCGCGCGGGCCCCGCAGUGCGUGCUGGGCUACACCGAGUCCCCCGCGCACCGCGCCUACGUGCUCACCCUGGCGGCCGCUGUGUUCUUCGCGCCCUUCAGCGUCAUGCUCUGCUCCUACAUGUGCAUCCUCAACACGGUCAGGAAGAACGCCGUGCGCGUGCACAACCAGUCCGACAGCCUGGACCUGGGACAGCUCACGCGCUCGGGCCUGCGGCGCCGCCAGCGCCAGCACCAGGUCAGCGUGGACCUGAGCUUCAAGACCAAGGCCUUCACCACCAUCCUCAUCCUCUUCGUGGGCUUCUCGCUCUGCUGGCUGCCGCACUCGGUCUACAGCCUCCUGUCGGUGUUCAGCCGGCGCUUUUACUACAGCUCGCACUUCUACGCCACCAGCACCUGCGUCCUGUGGCUCAGUUACCUCAAGUCCGUCUUCAAUCCUGUCGUCUACUGCUGGCGAAUCAAGAAAUUCCGCGAGGCCUGCAUCGAGCUGCUCCCGCAGACCUUCCAGAUCCUUCCCAAAGUGCCUGAGCGCAUCCGGCGGCGGAUCCAGCCGAGCACGGUGUACGUGUGCAACGAGAACCAGUCGGCUGUCUAAG